UUUAAGACCAGGGGGCGAGGACUCCCCUCUCUCACAUGAACCAUGCACUGCCUCUGGACCACAGCAUUCUUACAAACGCUCAUUCACUGCCUUUUCUUCAACAUGAGGACAUUUGAUAAAGCCGCAGCGUUCAGCAUUAAGGACAGCAGGGAGGGGACAGAGGAGCUCCACCCGGAUGAAGUGGCACAGUGGUGGGGUGAAUGGAGUAGCUGGUCGACCUGCAGCUGGACAUGCGGAGGAGGCGUUCGCUCACAGGAGCGCCACUGUCUGCAGCAGAGGCUCACCACCACACACAACAUUAACAGUUCCUUCUGUGCUGGAUCGCCUAAGCGGUAUCAAUUGUGUACUAACCAGCCCUGCCCCAACAGCAGAAUCGGUUUCAAACAGCACCAGUGCUCCCAGUUCAACUCCAAAGCCUUCAGCCGGAAACACUACGAGUGGGUUCCCCUCUAUCCAGAUGAUUACAUCAGCAUUUCCAGCAAGCCGUGUGACCUGCAGUGCACCACCACCACGGGAGAAAGACAGCUAUUGGUUCCGGCACACGACGGGACCUUUUGCAGGAAUGGUGUCUACAAGGGUGUCUGUAUCGAGGGCCAGUGCCAGGUGGUGGGGUGUGAUGGGAAACUGUACUCUAGUAAAUCUGUAGACAAAUGUGGCAUCUGUGGUGGAAGCGGUGACACAUGCUACCGGAUCUCAGGAUCUUACCGGAAAGGGAUCACACAGUUAGGCUACGCCUUCAUAACCAACAUACCUGUUGGAGCCACGGACAUCCAGAUCGUGGAGCGUCGAAAGACUGAAAACAUCUUGGCUCUGUCUGAUGAAGCCGGCCACUUCUUCUUUAAUGGCAACACAGUAAUUGACAACCCACGCAACUUCCCCAUAGCAGGAACAGUGUUUAAGUACCGGAGGCCAGUGAACCUCUUCUCAGAUGGCUUUGAGUACAUCAUGGCCCAGGGUCCUACGCAGCAGGGCCUGAACGUCAUGUAUUACAACCUUAACGGAAAGAUGCCUCACAUCACAUACGAGUACACGGUGCCUCGUGUGUCCUCCACACCAGCAUCGUCCACCCAGGAACAGCCUCCACUGGGCAGCAUGAUGGCCAACGCUUCCUAUUCGCAGCUCCCCAUCACUGGGAACGAGGUAGAGGUUCGCAAUGAAAAGAGUGAGGAGGUGAAGAACCAGAGUGCUCCUCUGGAUCAUAAGGGGAACAUGGAGGCACAUGGAGAUGUUCAGUGGGAGCAUCAACCUCCUUGUAACCUCACAGAAAAUCCUGAAAUGCUGCGAAUAACAGCAUCAGGAGAGGUUCUGCGUAACGAGCUGGGAAAACUGGCUGGAUUUGGCUCCAAAUUUAACCUGGUAGAAGGCGACUCGUCCAGUGUGACUAACGAGACACAGCCCAUGGCAAAGAGUAUGAAGAGCAAGCUGUACAAGUUGCAGCCUUGUGUAGAGAGCACAUCUGUCUCAGACUGCUCCACGCUGAAGCUGAACUCCAGCUCCCCAGUGAAGAACCGCCUCGUGCUGCAGAUCCACACGACGAGCCAGAGACAGCCCGAGUUUAAACCUGAGACGAACAGCACCUCACAGCACAGAGCACAGCUCCUUCCGCUCCAACAGGGGGCACCAGAGCACCUCCCACUCACUGACAGCAAUGAAUUUGAGGUAGUGUCUCUCGACCACAACGCCAACCUGGCAGGCUUGUACAGAUGGAAGGUAUCUGCGUUUGCACCCUGCAGUUCAACUUGUACCACAGGUAUCAGCACAGCAUAUGCCUUGUGUGUAAGAUAUGAUGGUUCUGAGGUUGAUGAGAGUUACUGUGAUGCUUUGACUCGACCUGAGCCCACGUACGAGUUCUGCACAGGCAGAGAGUGUCCACCCAGGUGGGAGACGAGCCGUUGGAGCGAGUGUUCUCGGACAUGUGGCGAGGGAUUUCAGUUUCGAACAGUGCGCUGCUGGAAGAUGAUGGCACCAGGCUUCGACAGCUCUGUGUAUGAUGAUUUGUGCUACGCUGCUGAACUGCACAAGCCCAUGGCACGCAAAUCCUGCAGGAACAAAUCCUGCGGCCCUCAGUGGGAGGUGUCGGACUGGUCUGAGUGCUCAGCACGGUGUGGCCGUCAGGGUGUGAGGAGCAGGGAGGUGCGGUGCUCCAUGGAUGCUCAUCUGUGUAACGAGUCCACACGUCCUAUUAAUCAGAGGGAGUGUGACGGACCGGCAUGUGACCGCAGGUGGAUUGUUUCAGACUGGGGACCGUGCUCAGGGCCGUGUGGGGAAGGCCGCAUGAUGCGUUACGUGGUGUGUAAGAGCGGGAAUGGAAAGGUGAUCUCUGAUGGUCACUGCGAUCGGGAGCUGAAGCCCCUCACAGUGCAGCCGUGUGGGGCCGCAAACUGCCCUGCACACUGGGUAGAGCAGGAGUGGGAACAGUGUAACGUGACGUGUGGGCGUGGGGUAAAGAACAGGCAGGUGGUGUGUGCCGGACUUGAAGCUGGUGUGUUUAAGGAGUUUACUGAACACGUGUGUGAUCAUUCACCCAAACCUGAGGAGACAGCCGCGUGCUUCGAGAGGCCUUGUUCCAAAUGGUUUACCACCUCCUGGUCUCAGUGCAGUAAGACAUGUGGGAGUGGUGUGAGAGUGAGAGAAGUGAAAUGUUACCAGGGAGAGGAGAUCGGCCACAGCUGUGAUUCCACGCUGAAACCUCAAGCCAGACAGAGCUGUGAGGUCCAGGCUUGUCCUACUGAGGCACCAGCGGAGGAUGUUUGUGAGGACAAAGCGACAGCAAACUGUGCGCUGGUGUUGAAAGUAAAGCUCUGCACACACUGGUACUACAGGAAGGCCUGCUGUCUCUCCUGUAAAACCAAAGGUCACUAAAGAGCUGCUGAACCCUAACCGGGCCAUUCCACUCAAUGUGAAGAACCCCAAAUACACACAUACAAACACUGUAACCCUAUGACCCUAACCUUUUACCCCAAAAUCUACACCCAAAAAUAGCUAGUUAUUCAAAUUGCUAGCUCACAGGCUACAUAGUAAAGUGUGAUCCACAAACUGUGAUAAACUCUGAAAGUUUAUAAAACUUGAUUCAAAUCUAUUCACUGAAAAAAUUCCUAACACGUUACACAGGGCUAUAUUUUAUACUAAACACAAUAAUAAACUGGCAACAGUUUAUUGAUCUAGAAACUAUUAAUCUGGUGACUGUGUAUAUUCAAAUUCUGCUCUAUAACUAUUCACUCUUUGAUCACUGAUCAUACUCACACUCUUUACCCCAAAAUACCCCUAAGCCAUGCCUUCACAAUACAACCAAGACCUUACUUUACAUGUUUGAACUACAUACACAGCCACUUAUACAGCCCAGAACCUAAUACCCUUGGCUGAUAAUUCAGGAGCAUAAUAAUAAAGAGGAUACAUGCAUUUUAAAUGUGAGCUAAAUACAGUGCUUUAGUCCCCUGAUUGUAAGGUUUUAUAUAUCAAUAGUCUUUUCUGGAUUGCGUGCGGCUCCCAAAACAACUUCCCAACCCGACCAAUCUUUGGAGUCUGGAGGUGUAAAAAACAAACAAAAAAAAGCAACCCUUAAGUGUGAAAACAGUCUUACCUGUCAUUUAUUUACACAUUAUCUGUACCCGUAAACUACACUGAUUUUUUUUUUUUAUUCAAUCUGAUUUGGAUUAUUUUACCUUACAUCGAACACUAAGCUACACCAAAACUUUCAUCCCCACUGUUUAUCCUCAUCCGUACGUCUGAUCCACAAUCUAAUCCCUUACGUUACAUCUAACCCGUUCCACUAAAUCUUCUUGGUACACUGAACCCCCAAAUUACCCUCUAACCUGUAUCCCUAAUCUGUAAAAAUAAAGGUGCUAUAUGAAGUGGGGUUGUGGUCAUCAGGCCCCUCAGGCAGCUCCGCUCACUGCACAGGCUGUUCCUGAUGAGUGCAAGGAACAAGCCACUCUCUUGUACUGUAUCACUGAUUCACUGACACACUUUUUCAUAUUUGUACAAAGUUUCUUGUUUUUACCUUUAAUAUGUUUGUGGUGACUGAGGAAGA